UUCAUUUUACGUGAAUGCAGCUGUAAAUACUGACUUGCAAAAAUAGCUUAAACAUGGAGCACUCACCACCAAGACUGUUCAUGCCACACCAAGAAGCGGAAGGUCCAAUAUGGACACCGCCGCUACAUGCCAGCAUUUUGCCGAGUUUUGCAUUUGCAAGACGGGCUCGAUUCGAGUCUAAAGGUUCAAGCGACAGUCAUGGAAUUGGAGUGUUUGAGCAGCCAUAUCAACCAAAUGCCAACAAAGAUAAAAAUAUAUCUUUAGGUCCGAGUCAUAACAAACUUGAACUGCUUUCUGCUGAGAAUAUAAACCGGAACUGUAUCAGCUCCAGUCAUAUAUCUUCGUCCUUGACGCAACACGCGUGGGUCAGGGACUUUCCAGCAACAUGUUCAUAUACACCAUCGUGCUCUAAACCCAUUCAUGCCCAAUCUAAACUUCACAAGCGACAGCCACCCCAAACUCCACCAGCAACUCGCAUCGUUACUCUUAGAAUCGUGAUUUACCCGCUUACUGGAAAAUCGUUUCCGCAGUGUCACAAACUCGUUAUAACCAGUCCUACAGAGGAUGUGUUUUUCCAUUGGAAAUUUGUGUGCACACCAUUUAGUUUUGCGACAUUGGUGAAAGACAUGAACUGGGAAAUGCCAGCUGCGACUGAAGGUAUCUUCCCACAGACUUUUGAUGGGUUUGGACAAUUUGUACGUGAUCGUGUUUUGGAGUGUGUCCAGUAUCCUAAUCAAUUCAAGGCCUUGUUAGAAAUUGAUCGAUUCAAUACUGUUGCAAGUCUGAAUUUUACCGAGGUUGUACGCAACUAUCGACGAGUAGAUCUACUUGCAAUCGAUUUUGUACCAUCAGAGUGGCAAGAAGUUAUUAGAGAUAUCAAAGCAGACUACGCUCGCACUAAAAAGUAUCACGGAGAUAUCAAAUCUGCGCUUGUACAUGUAUUGGAUAUAGUUGCUAGACAUCAACCCACUUUGCUUUUGUCGCCAGAUUUUGAGCCAGAUGUUUUCCCAGUUCGUCAGCCCAAACACUGGACAACUGUUCUUGAUCAUUACCUUCCAUCGGUUGUCAAUCCAACCAAGACCACUUUUUCUCGAACCAUCACGCCCAGUCAAAGAUCUACCCACACAAAAGCAUUUGUUCUCACAACUUUACCCGACACAAUGCUCCCUGAAGCCGUUUAUAGCAAAACCGUGCCUGUUCGAAUUCAUCACCAUGAGGUAGAUCACUCAAAUGAAGGGAAAACAGAGUUUCUUACCUUUACGUUCUACACUGUCGGAAAUGUGGAUAUUCCAGAGGCUUAUACGAUAAAAGUUACCAAACGUGAUGAUGCAUUUUUCAGUUUUGUGAGCGAAGAGAUUACUCCAGCGCGGUUUUUAGAAAUGAUGAAUAAUACAAUGAUUGAAGGUAAUGCGCGCAAAGAAACUAAACUAGGCGAUCCAAGAUGGAUGACUACAGCCGAAGAUAAACAAAAAGGUUCAAGAGCAUGGUUGGCAUCAAGAAGUUUACAACGGGAGCGAGAGGAAAAACUUGGAUUUCAUCCUUUUGAUGGUAUUGGUGGUGUUAUUGGCGUCAUUGGUGGUGACUAUCUAUGUGGCAUUGAGGAAGAUCCAGAAAGGCAGAUAUGGACUAACCAAUUGGUAGAAAACAGGUAUUCUGCUGUGUUUGAAGUGGUUAAAAACACACCCAAUGGUUUACUGAAAAAAGCAAUCAAGAUUGGAGAUGCACGACCAGCUACUCAUCACACACAUUACAACGAUCAUACUGCACACAUUACCACUACGCUCAAGGAAUCGUUUGCGUCGCAAGCUUUAAACACAUCGCUUCCAAUGGAAACUACUCGUCAAAACUUUGAAUCGGCAACACUAACUUUAACUGAGCGUAUUCGACUUUGCAACACCAAUCUUUUGACACUCAAAUUCACUGCAACACCUUGUGAAGAUCUUAAAUCUACCAUUUCAGAUGCAUAUAUAUACAUUCAAGAUGAAAUCAAAUUAUGCAAAGAAAGGCUGUCCUCCAUCAUGCAGGUGGUGAAAAAACGUAACCCAGCACUUGGUAUUGUGUUGGAAAAAGUGCGCUUUCCUAAUGAUGAGUUCAAUGUUAGUAAAGUAUGGAUUGGGUCAGGUGGAUGUAACGAUCACCAUCGGUUUGUAGAUGAAGGCAGACAUGAGGUGAUCCACUAUGCUAAAAGCGACACCGAUAUUAAUGAGCAAACAGGUCAUGAGGAUGUAAUGAUUAAAUAUGCAAAGUGUCUGAAAACUCGACAUAUGCAGAGGUUUGACCUGCCUUCUUGUCAACAAACUCGUCAAAUCCAAUCCAACAGAAACCCUAAUUUACCUAGCACUAACACGCUUUUAGUUCACCAAAGACCGGUUGUACAUGCAGCAUGCAAAAUUCCUGUACAUGUUUCUUUUUCCUGUGCUCAGCAAGCCACUAGCAAUCUUUCCAAAGAUGUCAACCUCAAGUCUUGCAAAUAUUCCGAUUUGCAGCUUUCAAAAAGACAAGACGUGUCGAGUAAAAUAUUCUCACCGCUGUAUUCAUGCAAAACAAAACACUAAACCAGAGUGUCAAAUUACAUAAUAAACACGGUCAGUCAAUCUUGGAAUGAUUGAUGCCAGCUUUCACC